AUGCCCCCCACGGCUGCCACUCCAUCCCUCGACGUUGCCCCGGACAGUCUGCGUCAAAAGUCACUGAACAACAGGGCAUAUCCUUCCCCGUAUCCACCCAACUCGAACAACAGCUAUGCACGACCGCCACAACCAGGUCCAUCGGAGCCAAUGGUAUCAGCCAUGGACGAGUCCAAAAAGGACAAGCGGCGGCGCGAGAUGACGGACCGAGUUGCGCGCUUUGCCGAUUCACGCCGAGACGAACGAGCGUUCGUCGACCAGCAGAAUGCGUUGAGGGCCAAUGCGCACCAGCUGUACACAAGUCCCAACAUACACCCCGAGUUCUCGCUCCGACUGUACCCGAUCAGCCUCGAACGCACUGCCAAUCUCAACCGUAUAGAGGCUGCUGAGCAAGCCGGUGUCGCACGGGCUGAAGCCGCGUACGAAGAAGAACAAGACAAGAUCGAAGAAGAAUGGAGACGGCAAAAAGACCGACUGCGUGAACGCAUGCUCGAAGCCAUCGAGGAGCGACGACGCAAGGCAAGAGAAGAAAAAGACGGCGAGGGCGCAGGAGAGAGCAUCCUCGAUCCCCAGAGCCGCCCCCACGCCACACGUAACUCGCGACACGGCCAGGGCAUAUCCACCCCAACACUCACAGAACCCAGCGUCUCGGCUGGCAUUCUCACCGCACUCGGCACAGUUCCGGGCUUCACCACCGCCGGAAUGGCACUCUACCCAUGGGCCCUGUCUGGCCCCCCCAGGACCUCUCGUCGCCCUUUCCCUCGCACUCACCUCGCUUGCUCCCCCAACGCAUAUACCGUCAACACCAAGGGCAAGCGUGUCAAGGACACCAAAACAGUCGGUAACAUGGACGUCUCUGUCAGCAAGGCCCUCGCCCCCGCCAGAACAGGUUGGACCGGCGGAUGGGGGACCGGCACUACCACUCAGAGCAACGGCGGCGGCCCCGAUGUUGGUGCUGCCUGUGUCAAAUUGAUGGGCAGGUCUGCGACAAUGCUUGCCCCGGCCAAGAGCAUCCUCGAUCCCCAGAGCCGCCCCCACGCCACACGUAACUCGCGACACGGCCAGGGCAUAUCCACCCCAACACUCACGGAACCCAGCGUCUCGGCUGGCAUUCUCACCGCACUCGGCACAGUUCCGGGCUUCACCACCGCCGGAAUGGCACUCUACCCAUGGGCCCUGUCUGGCCCCCCCGUUCCAGAGGACCUCUCGUCGCCCUUUCCCCUCGCACUCACCUCGCUUGCUCCCCCCAACGCAUAUACCGUCAACGCCAGACACCAGGUUGGACCGGCAGGAUGGACCGGCGGAUGGGGGACCGGCACUACCACUCAGAGCAACGGCGGCGGCCCCGAUGUUGGUGCUGCCUGUGUCAAAUUGAUGGGCAGGUCUGCGACAAUGCUUGCCCCGGCCAAGGACCAGGAAAUUGAAGCUGAUCUGAACGAGAUUAGACGCGGUGUGAAACGACGAAGAACGCUCGCCCCCACUGCAGCUGCAGCCAACCGAUGA